GUGAGAGGGGAGUGCUGUAGCCCCCCAAAGGAAACGGAAGAGACGAAACACACACAACUCUCAUUUUAAAACCCCGGGGCUGUGCAGAAGAAAAGACAACUUUCUGACAAACUUUACACUUCUAACCACCUAUUUAGCACUCCACCCUCCCUUUUGCUUUGUCGUUUUUUUGUUGCUGUUUUUCUUUUAAUUCUGUGGCAGAUUGAAAGCCCACGCCCUGCGCAGUAGCUAAAAGGACCCAGUGUUCGCCGGAGCAGAGAUGCCCCCCCAGCCGGAGGUGAACAAACAUUUCUGGGACUUCCUAAAGAGUUUUCUCGGCAUCAUCCGAAUCCUCCAAAUCCUAUUUGGAGCAGGACUAUGGGUCACAAUCGCCGCCAACAAAUACGAAGGCGCCAUCCACUUCGUCCUGUUCGUGGCCGUGCUCUUCUGGCUCCUCACCCUCACCGCCUUUUUUAUCACCCUCCUGGACAAGCAGGACCUUGUCCCCAUUUUGGGAGGGGACCGGUGGUUGCUUAGCAACUUGGUUCACGACAUCGCUGCGGCGGUGCUGUAUCUACCGGCGAUCGGCGUCAUGAUCUACAAGACAGAACGGUACGAGUACUGCAACCUGGAGCAAUACAAGCACUACUGCCUGUAUAAAGUAUACCUGGCUGCCGCAGUGUUCGCAUGUCUGGGCGCUGUGGUGUAUCUUGUCUCGUCGGUGUAUGUGGGCUGUAGGAAGUGCCGGGGAGAGCAGACCGUGGUUUGAGAGAGAGAGAGAGGGGAGGACAGGGGAACAAAGAAGUAAGGGAUCGGUUGGAGGACUGGGGGAGGGAGGAAAGAGCUCUCCCGGGAUAGGGGAGAGGAGAGGGGGUAUUUUCUGUCCCCCAAAGCAGAGAGGGUGUCUUCUUGGCUCAAACUCCUACAGGUUUGUCCAUAUUUUGUUCAGUAAUGUAAUGUCAGUAUCGUUUCAGUAGCUUAUCAACGUAGGCUACGAUACUUUUUUGGUACGCCUACUACAGUGUUUUUGUUUUGACUGACAACAACAUUCUGAAACUCUGAGCAUUCCAGUCAGGACAUUGACGUUUUAUCGAUGCCUUUAAAAGCACACCUCCUAUGCUUUGCAGCCUACAACAAGCUGUAAUAGCAGGGACAUGAUAUGACAUGCCUUUGAUAUGAAAAUAACUACACCAUAUUUGUUGCCAAUGUUUUUUUUUUGUAUCCUUUUAGCAAGAAAAAACACGUCUAUAUCAAAAACAAAACCAAGUCUGUUCCAAUUAUUCCUGAAGUGUCCUUCAUGUUAAAACCAAAUGUUGAUGAAUUAAAACCAAUGUCACUGAAUACCAAAGACAUGGUUCUCUUCUUUGGUA